GGGGAGCCAUGGAGUGCACGUUCGAAGACAUGCUGCAGCUCAUCGACCACCAAGACAGCGCCUUCCCCGGCCUGUUCGACCCUCCCUACGCCGGUGCUGGAGCAGAGGGCACGGACCCGGCCAGCCCCGAAGCCAGCUCCUCAAAUAGCCUGUCCCCACCACCUGCCACACUGGGCUGCCCUCUCGAGGGCUUCCUGGGGGGACCCAAGGCUGCACCUGCACCCUUGUCCCCUCCCCAGCCUGCCUCCACCCCCAUGAAGAUGUACCCCACUGUGCCCGCCCUUUCCCCUGGGCCUAGUGUCAAGGAAGAGCCAGUGCCACUGACCAUCCUGCAGCCCCCUGCCCCACAGGCCCUGCCCGGGGUCCUCCUGCCCCAGAACUUUACUCCUGCCCCGCCGCAGUUUAGCUCCACCCCUGUGGUGGGCUACCCCAGCCCUCCUGGAGACUUCUCCACAGGGACCCCUCCCGGGACUCCCCAGCCACCACUGCCUGGCCUGCCACUGGCUUCCCCACCAGGGGUCCCACCCAGCUCCCUGCACACUCAGGUCCAGAGCGGGGCCCCCCAGCAGCUGCUGACCGCCACAGCUACCCCCACGGUGGCCCCUGGGACGACCACUGUGACCUCGCAGAUCCAGCAGGUUCCGGUCCUGCUGCAGCCACACUUCAUCAAGGCCGACUCCCUGCUCCUGACCACCGUGAAGACGGAUGUGGGGGCCACCGUGAAGACGGCGGGCAUCAGCUCUCUGGCCCCCGGCACAGCUGUGCAGACCGGGCCCUUGCAGACCCUGGUGAGCGGUGGGACCAUCCUGGCCACAGUGCCUCUGGUUGUGGAUGCCGACAAGCUGCCCAUCAACCGGCUGUCCGCCGGCAGCAAGGCCCCAGGCUCGGCCCAGAGCCGUGGGGAGAAGCGCACGGCUCACAAUGCCAUCGAGAAGCGCUACCGCUCCUCCAUCAACGACAAGAUCGUCGAGCUCAAGGACCUGGUGGUGGGCACUGAGGCCAAGCUGAAUAAAUCGGCCGUUUUGCGCAAGGCCAUUGACUACAUUCGCUUCCUGCAACACAGCAACCAGAAGCUCCGGCAGGAGAACCUGAGCCUGCGCACUGCUGCCCAGAGAAGCAAGUCUCUGAAGGACCUGGUGUCAGCCUGUGGCAGUGGAGGAAACACCGACGUGCCCAUGGAGGGCGUGAAGCCUGAGGUGGACACGCUGACCCCACCACCCUCAGAUGCUGGCUCGCCCUCCCAGAGCAGCCCCCUGUCCCUUGGCAGCAGGGGGAGCGGCUGCAGUGGCGGCAGCAGCGACUCGGAGCCUGACAGUCCAGUCUUCGAGGACAGCCAGGUGAAACUGGAGCUGUCGCCCUCUCCGGGCAGCCGGGGCAUGCUGGACCGCUCCCGCCUGGCCCUGUGUGUGCUCGUCUUCCUCUGUGUGUCCUGCAACCCCCUGGCCUCUCUGCUGGGUGGCCGGGGGCUCCCUGGCUCCUCGGGGUACUCUGGUGCCUACCAUGGCCCUAUGCGUAACACGCUGGGCACGGAGGGCAGAGACAGCUCUGGCUGGGCGCCGUGGCUGCUGUCCCCGCUGGUCUGGCUGUCCAAUGCACUGCUGGUGCUGGGCGCCUUGGCGCUCCUCUUUGUCUACGGCGAGCCGGUCACGCGGCCCCACUCAGGCCCCGCCGUGCACUUCUGGAGGCAUCGUAAGCAGGCUGACCUGGACCUGGCCCGGGGGGACUUUGCCCAGGCUGCCCAGCAGCUGUGGCUGGCCCUGCGGGCCCUGGGCCGGCCCCUGCCCACUUCCCACCUGGACCUGGCCUGUAGCCUGCUCUGGAACCUCGUCCGCCACCUGCUGCAACGCCUCUGGGUGGGCCGCUGGCUGGCCGGCCGGGCGGGAGGCCUGCAGAGGGACUGUGCUCUGCAGGCGGAUGCUCGCGCCAGCGCCCGGGACGCGGCCCUCGUCUACCAUAAGCUGCACCAGCUGCACACCAUGGGGAAGUAUGCAGGCGGGCAUCUUGCUGCCACUAACCUGGCUCUGAGUGCCCUGAACCUGGCCGAGUGUGCAGGGGACGCCGUGUCCGUGGCGACGCUGGCCGAGGUCUACGUGGCUGCUGCGCUGAGAGUCAAGACCAGUCUCCCACGGGCCCUGCAUUUUCUGACACGCUUCUUCCUGAGCAGCGCCCGCCAGGCCUGCCUGGCACAGAGUGGCUCCGUGCCUCUUGCCAUGCAGUGGCUAUGCCACCCCGUGGGCCACCGCUUCUUCGUGGAUGGGGACUGGGCUGUGCGCAGCACCCCGCGGGAGAGCCUGUACAGCCUGGCCGGGAACCCAGUGGACCCACUGGCUCAGGUGACCCAGCUGUUCCGUGAACAUCUCUUGGAGAGAGCCCUGAGCUGUGUGGCCCGGCCAAGCCCCAGCCCAAGCCCUGGGUCAGCUGAUGGGGACAGGGAGUUCUCGGACGCCCUCGGGUACCUGCAGCUGCUGAACAGCUGUUCCGAUGCUGCCGGGGCUCCUGCCUGCAGCUUCUCCGUCAGCUCCAGCAUGGCCACCACCACCGGUACGGACCCAGUCGCCAAGUGGUGGGCCUCGCUGAUGGCUGUGGUGGUCCACUGGCUGCAGCAGGACGAGGAGGCGGCCGAGCGCUUGUACCCGCUGGUGGAGCACCUGCCCCGGGCCCUGCAGGAGUCUGAGAGACCCCUGCCCAGGGCAGCUCUGCACUCCUUCAAGGCUGCCCGGGCCCUGAUGGGCCAGGGGAAGGCCGAGUCUGGUCCGGCCAGCCUGGCUCUCUGUGAGAAGGCCAGUGGGUACCUGCGGGACAGCCUGGCCACACCAGCGGGCAGCUCUAUUGACAAGGCCAUGCAGCUGCUCCUGUGUGACCUGCUUCUCGUGGUGUGGCGGCGGCAGCAGCCUCCGGCGGCGGCCCAGGUGACCCAGGGCACCGGUAGCGGGCCCCAGGCCUCGGCCCUGGAGCUGCGUGGCUUCCAGCGGGACUUGAGUGGCCUGAGACGUCUGGCGCAGAGUUUCCGGCCUGCCAUGCACAGGGUGUUCCUGCAUGAGGCCACCGCCAGGCUGAUGGCAGGGGCCAGCCCCACACGGACACACCAGCUCCUGGACCGUAGUCUGAGGAGGCGGGCAGGUCCUGGAGGCAAAGGAGGCGCGGCGGUGGAACUGGAACCGCGGCCCACGCGGCGGGAGCACGCAGAGGCUCUGCUGCUGGCGUCGUGCUACCUGCCGCCUGGCUUCCUGUCGGCGCCGGGGCAGCGCGUGGGCAUGCUGGCCGAAGCGGCGCGCACCCUCGACAAGCUCGGCGACCGCUGCCAGCAGAUGCUCAUGCGCCUAGGCGGCGGGACUACCGUCACCUCCACUUAGACCCUUGGUGGCAACCCGUCUCCAGCCGCCUCCACCCCAUGCGCCUUGUGUCCUGGGCCAGAGCCCCGACGGCCGAAGGCAGCGUCAGAGACCCCGGCCUUCCCGGCUCACUCACAGCUGCACCGUCCCUGGGGGUGGUAGACCCUCGAGGACUUUCGCUUGUCCUGGGAGGCUGGAGGGCCUCGACCCCGCCACCCCAGGCAGCUCCCCAACCCGGGGAGCGGCGGCCAGGUUGGUGCUGACCUCUGGUGGCUGAUCGGGGAGUUGCAGUGGCUUGUGGCUAUCUUGUCUAGAGGGAAGAGAAGGGGACAGUACAUCGAGUUCUCCGGGCGGCUUGGCUCUCCUGGCCGGCAAGGCCUCUCUCCCUUAUGGGUAGCCUUGUACAUAACAUGGAGUGGGGUGCGCCAGCCUCGUGGCCUCUGAGGCUCACGUGCUAUUUUGCUCUUUGCAGACUAUAUUUUCAUAGGUUGAGUUUUGUACAGAGAAUAAAAAUGAGAUUAUUUAUAA